CAUAUGAUCUCGUUAAGAUCAGAAGUUAAUUCUAAUUCUCAUGUAAUUCACAAUUCAAAAGAGCAUAUGAUCUCGGCAAGAUCAAAGGUUAACUCAACUUCUCUUGUUGUUCAUUCUUCUAAUAUUAGUUCGGCACCGCUCACAAUGAAAGUGUUGAUUAACAAAGUUCCAAUCGAAAUGGAAAUAGAUUCAGGUGCGGGAGCAAGCAUUAUGCACAGUUCAAUUUUCCGCAAAUCUUUCGCGAAUGUCGUGUUAACUCCCUCUUCAACAGUGAUAUCGUCAAUCACCGGCACAGUACAAGUGGAAGCGCCAAGCUAACAUGUUGGUCGAAUCUUCAGGUAACAAUUUCAACUUACCUUUAGUUGUUUAUGCAAGUGAACAAAAAGCAAUUCCACUCAUGGGUCGUUUGUGGUUAGAUUCAAUUUUUCCGAAUUGGAGAAAAGCGUUUGAUCUCACUAUGUUUUCUACGCCAGAGAUGGUAGCUAACAUUCAUGAAGUGAAUUCUCCGUCCGUUGACGAACUGAAAUCCUUAUUUCCUCGGACAUUCAAUACUAUUGCGGAUACAGUUAUAGAAGGUCAUUCAGCAAGACUACUUCUGAAAGAUAGUGCGAUUCCAGUUUUCAAUAAGGCUUAUACAUUGCCGUUCGGUUUAAUUGAGCCAGUAAAUACGGUACUCAAUGAAUGGGAAAAAUCUGGCAAAGUAGUGCGAAUUCGACAAGCCGAAUGGGCUUCUCCGGUCGUGGCAGUCGAAAAGAAGGACAGCGGCGGUGUGCGAGUGUGUACCGACUUUAAGAGGACCCUGAAUCCUCAGUUACGGGUUGAUCAAUAUCCUUUACCGCGUCCCGAUGAUUUGUUCGCUAACUUGGCUGGUGGAGUUAUAUUCACUAGUCUUGAUUUAAAAGAUGCUUACACGCAAUUGAAGUUGCAUCCGGACUCUCAAGAUUUGUGCGUGUUAAAUACUCAUCGUGGGUUAUACAAGCCAAGUAGGCUCAUGUAUGGAGUAGCUAGCGGCGCUCCAAUAUUCCAGUGCGUUAUGGAUCAAACUUUAUUCGGCAUUCCGGGCACUCAGUGUUUCAUCGAUAAUAUCCUAAUUCAAGGAAAAAACUUAGCGGAGUGCGUGCAUCGAACCCUUUUAGUUCUUGGACGUUUAGACAAACACAACGUGCGACUAAGUUUGCCAAAAUGUCAUUGGUUUGUCACGCAAAUCGAACAUCUCGGUUUCAUCAUUUCUAAGGAGGGGCGAUCCCCUGCUCCUUCUCUAACUUCAGCAGUCGUUAACUGCAGAGUCCCAACAAAUGGUAAAGAAGUGCGAUCCUUUCUCGGUAUGAUCGGUUUCUAUUCAGAUUUCUUACCGCAAUUCAGCACAGUGGCGCGUCCGUUAAGAGAUCUAUGCUGCAAAAAUACGGUUUUUGAGUGGUCAUCAGAAUGUGAAGCGGCUUUUCAGAAAUGCAAAGAACUGCUAGUUUCAAAUUCUCUAUUGAUUCAUUAUGAUCCAGCUUUACCGUUAGUGGUGUAUUCUGAUGCAAGUCCGGUUGGUGUGGGCGCAACUUUGAGCCACACAGUGAAGAUGGAAAACGGCAAGCCAAUUGAUCGGCCAGUGGCUUAUGCUUCUUCUACGCUUGCUCAAGCACAGCGAAAUUACGCUCAGCAUGAUCGAGAAGGUCUUUCAGUGGUGUACGCAGUCACCAAGUUUCAUCGGUUCAUCUGGGGACGUCCGUUUAAACUCUACACAGACAAUUCAGCUAUACAGCGCAUUUUUAACCCUGAUAAAGGACUACCUACACGCACGGGACAAAGAUUACAGCACUGUGCUGUACUACUUCAGGCGUACAACUUCGAAAUCGUUCAUCGUAAAAGUGAAUUCAUGGCAACGGCUGAUGCUCUCUCUCGACUUCCGGCUCCAAACCAAAUUGAAGAAGUAUUUCAUGUAGAACUUUCUCCUAAUUUACCUAUUGAUUCCUCAAUUAUUGCGUUAGCAACGCAAGAUGAUGUUGUAUUGUCUAAAGUAUUCCAUUAUACUCAUGUUGGCUGGCCAGUGAAAGACAAUUUUCGUAAUAAUCCUGUUAUUCAGAAAUAUUUCAAAGUCAGAGAUGCCAUAACCAUAGUAGAUAAAUGUCUUUUAUUUGCAUCAAGGGUUAUUAUUCCAACUAAAUUGCAGGGGCAGGUACUGAGAAUUAUUCAUGAAGGGCAUCCUGGUAUUGUUCGGUCCAAAUUGUUGGCCAGAUCGGUGGUCUGGUGGCCAACUUUAAAUACGGACAUUGAAACCCUUUGUAAUAAUUGCUCUGCCUGUACUCAGGUUAAUUUCCGCUCAACAAAAAUUCAUACACCCUGGCCAUCAGCCAAAUUCCCGAUGGAAAGAGUACACAUUGACUUCUAUGAACAAAGAAAUUUAAAAUUUUUUAUCUUAUGUGAUGCUUAUUCUGAAUGAAUGCAAAUAAAAUUUUUGUGAAAUUCCAUAAAAAGGUUCCUGCAGUUAAAGGCAUUAUUGCCAAAGUUAUCGGACCGAAUAGAUACUUAGUAUUAGUUGAAGGUGUUUUAAAGCAUGUCCAUGCCAAUCAGAUUAAUCGUGCGUCUAAAAGUGUGGUAGGCAUUAAAAAAAAACAUAA